AUGAAGUUACAUCACAAGCCUCAUACUUGGAAUUCUAGCACGGAUUGUUGUAUUGCUGAUACAACAGAGCGUAAGAAAGGACGUGGGAAGUCACGAAGCCUUGCAUUACUCAAGAUAAAAAGUCAAGGGAAGCGAUUGGAUGUUAAAAUUUGUAGGAUUACUGGGAAUCCAUUGGGACCAUGGUCUGAUAAAUUCACCACCGAGUUGGGGAUUGUCACUAGGCAAUUUGCCCCACAAAAUGUGCCGAAGUGGAGUUUUAUUAGCCCUGAGGAUAAAGAAACGCUAAUUGCAUACCUUCGAGAAGGUUUCAUUUUUAGUAAUGAACCUUACGCUAUUGCUUCUAUCCUUGGAAUGAUGAAACUCCGGUACAAGACCUACCGCUUUAAUCUACGCCAACAUUUUAGAAGUUUCCCUACGAUGGAAUCAGCCCUUGCAAACCCACAUGAAGAUAUCGAAAAAGAGGUGUGGCGAUACCUGUGUCAAUUAUGGAAUGAUAAGACGUACCAGCUGCUGCUGUGGCGGAGGCUACUGCUAUGCAUGUAG